GUGACAGUCAAUCUCACUGUUCAUUGGUAAAGAGAACAGUAAGACUUCACGCUAGGUGGUGUCGACUAACUGCCUUCCUUUUAGUCUAUCACUUCUAAAUUAGGAGUGACUACCGCAGAAAGCACGAAUUUCAAUAAACAGACCUAAUAAAUUAACGAAAUGUUAACAGCUGUCGUCAGAUAUGUUUAGUAUAAUGUAUAUCUUAAUUCCAGCUUAAACAACGACCCAAUCUAACGAUUUCUAAGCUCGAUUUUUCUUACGAUGCACUUGACCUUUAGCUACGUAGAAACAGAAACCCAAAACGUGCGUUUUUACUGACCAGGUCAAGCGAAAUUUUAGGUUCAGAAUCUCGUUUGCAAUCUAUUUUCUCAGGUUGACUUUUACCAGAUCCGGCCUUUGGAAGAUUGAGAAAAAUUGGCAUACUGUUCUCAAUAACGAACGAGUUUGGAAGAUUCAAAGUAAAAUCGACGAUUCUUUGCAUGAAGACGAUUUUUUUUUAUGAUUUCAGGUAACUUGAUUACUUUCACACUUGUGUUUGUUACCAACAGUGUGAAACGUUCUGUUUCCAAUCAUUAUAAUUUAAGAAAUUAUUUCAACAUGAAAAUAGGGUAGAAGAACAGGACAAGUACUGACUACCAAUUACAUUAAAAUAUCUAGCCCUCAAGCGGUCGAUCUUUCUAAUUUGUAGUACAUUAAAAUAACACUGUGUGGCGCUUAAGAUACACUAGAUGACAACAGAGUGCUGUAGAAAAAUUUCCUUACCGCACGGCGCCAUAUAUGGGCGAGAUUUCAUGUUUGGAAUAGAAGGACGAAACACGAAUUGAUUGAAGAAUUAUUGUGUUUUCAAUUGGACUACCAAUCAAAGUAAACAAGAAACUUAUCUUUAUUGGAUAAUAUCAUCAUUAGUUCAGGAAUUUAACGUUGGUUGGACACCUUUGGAAGUUUACAGUGAAGGAUUUGUUUGGCUUGUAGCGGGAUUCUACUGCAGUUUGGAUAAGUCUACUAUGGCGACUGUGUCUUUCAUUCCUCACCGGAUACCAUGGAUUUUAAUAGUGUUUUUGAUUGGUGUAUUGUGUGAAGGUUUAAAAAUUAAACCGUUCCACUUCUCACCUGAUGCACGAGUAGGUGAAGAUCUUCAGGUGCUCUGUAGCACAGUGGGUGUUAAGAAUGGUGUUAAAUUUACUUGGUUUAAAGACUCUUCUAUAAUUCAAACUGAAAAACAGUGGACCGUUUUAGACCACGGGACUUUCUCCGUGUUAGUGGUCAAGAGUCCUUCUGUAGAAUCAUCUGGAAAUUACACUUGUGUGGCUCGGGCAUCUAAUGGAGAGGAUACGUACACCGCUCAGCUCCUUGUGAGAGGGUCUCCAAAGUGGAGGUACGAGCCUCGUGAUAUUUUAGUGAGUUUGGGAGAAGAUAGUAUAUUGUACUGUAGCGCUUGGGGUUACCCUCAACCAAUCGUUCAGUGGAAGCGACCUCUAGGUACUGGGAUGACACCAGUCGUGGAAGACGCAAGAAUCAGCAAACUUGAAGAUGGUUCUUUACGAAUUUUAGAUGUUACACAAAACGACAGGGGUUCCUAUAUGUGCGAAGUUUCAAACGGGAUUGGUGGCAGUCUUAAGAAAACUGUACAGCUAUCAGUGAAGGGAAAUGAAUGGAGGCCAUUAGAACACCCGGUUUUGGAGAAAGGAGUAUUGGACAUCCGUAACAUCAAACUUCAAGAUGGCGGACGGUAUCGAUGUCAAAUAACUAACGGGUUAGGCGAGGGUCUUCAGAAGACUGUAAGCCUUGUUGUUCGAGUGCCUCCAAGGAUACAGCCUUUUGGAUUUCCAGCUUUCGCUGAAGAAGGUAAACAAAUCCAGUUCAUUUGCGGAUUAGAGACGCACGACACUGGUGCUGAUUUUAAGUGGUUUAAAGAUGGCCGACCUUUGCACUCAGGCGAUAAGUGGACAAUUCUUUCUCCUGGUAGAGUUUCGGUGUUAAUAUUGAACAGUGUGACCACAGAAAUAUCGGGAAACUACACCUGUGGUGUCCGAAAUUCAGUUGGUCAAGAUGAAUUCACAACCGAACUUAGAGUUAAAGGUCCUCCAAAAUGGAAAUAUGAACCUACUGACCUAGAGUCGGGCAUUGGAGAAACUGUGACGUUUCGCUGCAGUGCUUGGGGUUUUCCAAAACCUAGCAUUUCGUGGAUGAAACAAGAAGUAAAAGGAAACUUUGUCCAGGUGCCAAAAGGCUCCGAAUCUGAAGAUACAUUUAUUAUUGAAGACGUCAGUCAGGAUGAUGCUGGACUUUACACGUGUUUAGUGACCAAUGGAAUCGGUGAAAGCCUGAAAAAAACAUUCACAUUUUCAGUUAGAGGAGGUGCCCUCGUCUGGCAUCGUGGAAAGAAGAAUUCUGGUGGUGCUCUUUAUAGCAAUACAGCUGCUAUUCGAGUGUCUGUGAGAAUUCAACCUUUCACUUUUCCACAAAAAGUAGAAGAAGGGGAACAGGUACAAAUCACGUGUGGUGUCAAAGCUGGGGACGAUCCGAUUGAAUUUGUGUGGUUUAAAGAUAGUACACCUCUCGAGACUAAAGACUUUUGGACCAUUCAUAAUCUUUCGCGUGUUUCUUUACUGAUCAUUAACAAUGUGAAAGUGACUAUUUCUGGGAACUACACUUGUCUGGCUAGAAAUCGGUUCGGCGAAGAAAGUUACACUUCGGAACUUCAGGUCAAAGGUCCACCUCAGUGGAAGAGUAAGCCUAAGGAUCAAAUUGCCAAUCUUGGGGAGAAAGUUGUUUUCAUUUGUAACGCCUAUGGUUAUCCAAAGCCAACUGUUCAGUGGUGGAAAGUUUCUGGAAUCGAUACCAAACUGCCUAUUUCAUCCCUAGAUCAACGUCUAAAAGACAAUGAAGGCUUAUUGGUCAUUUCAAAAGUUACUGAAGCUGAUGGUGGUGUCUUCAAAUGUGAAGCGUCCAAUGAAAUUGGAGAUUUGUCUGCAAUUGUGAAUCUAAAGGUUAAAGGUAUUGAAAAUUAGAGAGGUAGAUAUUGAACCUUCCCAUAACAAGCUAAGUUUUCGAAUGAAACAAGUGUAAACAAUUAACUAUUUUUCAGAUCUACAGCAUUU